UUGCUGUGCGUGAGCAGCCUGUCUCUGCCUGGUUGGCUGCGGGGCUCAUUUUCCCGCCCCUGUCACGUGCCGUGGCCUGAAGAAGUCAUAUGACCAGCACAGCUCAGCUGCUCCUCGGUCUCGGCGCUCUUGAAUCUGGUGCGGUCCUGGUCCUGGUUCUGGUUCUGGUUCUGCUCCCGCUGUUGUGCGGCAGAGGAAGAUCAGCAGCUCAUCCUGGAACUGCUGGAUGUCAUGUCUGCCACGAAGCUGCAGGAAUGUCGUCAGCACAUCUCUGCACAGCUGGAUGGCGUGGUGGAUUUCUGGCUCAGACACUCCCAUGAUGCUGAAUACGGGGGAUUCUUUACCUGCAUUGGGAGAGACGGGAAGGUUUACGAUGACCUAAAGUAUGUGUGGCUGCAGGGCAGACAGGUGUGGAUGUACUGUCGUCUGUACCGAACCUUGGAACGUUUCCACAGACCUGAAAUUCUGGAAGCAGCCAAAGCUGGAGCAGCAUUCCUGAGGAAGUUUGCUCGUAUGUCCAGCUCCAGCUCUCCGUGGAAAUGUGCUUUCUGCUUAACGAGAGACGGCAAAGCAGUCAAAGUUCAGAGGAGCAUCUUCAGCGAGUGUUUCUACAUCAUGGCCAUGGAUGAGCUUAGCAGAGUGAUUGCUGAUCAAGACAUGCAGCUGGAAGCUGAGCAGAUGAUGGAGCAGCUCAUCUACUGGGUCCAGGUGGACCCUUCAGGUCUGGGCCGCCCCCGCCUUCCAGGAGAUGUUGCCACCAACAGCAUGGCAGUUCCCAUGAUGCUGCUGUGUCUGGUUCGACAGCUAACUGAAGGCCGGGACCAUGAGGCGGCCCAGAAGUACCGGGAGCUUGGUAGCUGGUGUGUCGCUCAGAUUCUCCAACAUGUCCAGAGAGCAGGAACCGCCAUCUUAGAGAACGUGUCAGAGAGCGGAGCUGAGCUGCCGGGCAGCGCAGGCCGUCUGCAGAAUCCGGGCCACGCUCUGGAGGCGGGCUGGUUUUUGCUGCAGUUCAGUGCAGAGACCGGUGACAAAGAGAUCCAGAAAACUGCUAUUGAGAAGUUCAUAGAACUCCCACUGGAAUACGGCUGGGACAGAGAGCACGGCGGCCUUUUCUACUUUCUGGAUGUGGAUGGUCACUGCCCCACCCAGCUGGAGUGGAACAUGAAGCCGUGGUGGCCCCACUGUGAGGCUCUCAUCGCCCUCCUCAUGGCCUACAGUCAGACCAAAAGGCCGGAGCUGCUGCAGAGGUUCCUUCAGGUUUACGACUACAGCUUCAGCCACUUUCCUGAUGAGAAGAACGGCGAGUGGGUUGGUUAUCUGAGCCGAGAGGGCAGCACAGUACUGGAUUUCAAAGGAGGACCCUUCAAAGGGUUCUUCCAUGUGCCUCGCUGCCUGCUCAUGUGUGAACGCCUACUGGAUGAUCUGCUCCAAAUGCAUGAUGAAUGAACACUCCAACUGAUUCUGAACAUCAGCAAAACAUAAAUAAAGAGAUGUCAAAGGCUUGUC